AUUAGUAAUCUGCGAUCCUCUUCAGUUGCGUGGGAUUAAUAUGAGUUGCUUGGCUGGCUGGCACUCUCUGGCAGUGCCCUGCUUACUCUAAGACUGGCUCCAAUCGGCGGUAACUUCAAGGAGCCACCUCGAUCCUCCUCGAUCCUCCUUGAUAUCUGCAUGUGACGGAGCUCGUAUUCACUGCAUGCAGCACAUCACACUCUUGGUCGUCCCCGUUCUUCCCGCGGCGUUGGUCGCGCACGCACCUGGUCUCAACGCGACUGAAGUAAUGGCCUCGCAACCUAGCCAAUAACUCACGAUAGCCGCUCGAUACGCCAGCACGGGGACAAAAUGGCCCGGUCUAGACUGUCUAGACUGUCUAGGACCCUCUGUCGGCCCAAUUUCCAGCUGGAAGGCAGCAGCAGCUCGCGGAUCUUACCCGCGGCUUAUAACGGACUCGGUAGCAACGGCCGUCGUUACUGUCACUCCGGUUGGUGUGGCUCCCGAUCGCCUUUGUCGCUAUUGCGUCAUGCGUCACCGUUGACUAUCACCGUUCUCCCUCACCCUCCGCCUUUCCCGGGAGAUUUCGCUCCACGUCAUCAUCCUCGCUAUGAUCAUCCUCGUCAUUAUCAUCGUCCUCCAAUCACUCCCGAGGCUCUCCUCUCACAACCUCCCCUCACUACGAUAGUGCAUAGUCCCGCUGGCAUAUCCUCGCUUCCUGCUCUGUUGUGUCAUGGGAUCGCCCACCUUUAUCCUCGUCUCCUUCCCGCCUGGUCCUCCCCCAAUCACAUAACCACGAGAGAAAAAUACAGCAGCAGCAACAGCAGCAGCAGCAGCAGCGCCACCGCCACCACUACCAUUACCAGAAUCAAUGCCGCCCCAACUGUUAUCCCAGGUUCCCUCGUGUCCGCGCAAUACAAAGCUGAGGUGGCAGCGGGGCGGCUGAAGUGGGACGCACGUCAGGCUGACGUGGCAGCCGCCAUGGAUGACCUGGUAGCCCAUCUGGCGGGGUACGACCGAGCAAUGCGGGAGCACCAGGUGGCGCUCGGUGAUUGGCUGGCGCAGCGCAGGGUGCUGAGGAGACAGCUGGUGGAGAAAGAGAGGAGGGAGGCGAGGGAGAGGGAGGAGAGGAGGAGGGGGAGGGGGCAGCGGUGGGGAUGGAUGGCUGGCUGGUGGAAUAGCAUGGCAGAUGCUGUUGCUCACUUUGCGUCCUCCAGGGCGCAACGCUCGCUCCUCGCUUCCACCCCCGCUCCCUUGCAAGGCCUAUCCUGGAGAAUCCCUGGUAACAGUGCCAGCAGCAGCAGCAGCAGCAGCAGCGGCGAGAGGCUGGGCUUUCUAGACGGGCUUAUAGGCAGGGGGAGCACAAGCUUAAGGCACUCGAACAACACAGCCCUGAAGCCCAACCCGUGGCAGCAGCAGCAGCAACAGCAGUCGCCGCUACUGGACUGGCAGGGACAACGCCGCACCCAAGGGUCCAGAACCAGAGGCGAGAGGCUACGGCGGGGAGGGGUGGUGGUGGAGAGAGGAAUCGGGCGCACAGCCAGGCGAAUCAAGCUGGAAAAAACGCUUGACUCUAUGAUGCCGCCUCGGCCGCUUGCGCCUGCUGCACCCCAGGGGAUUUAUCUGCAUGGGAGUGUGGGAUCUGGCAAGACAAUGCUGAUGGAUAUGCUGUUUGAAGCGGUUCAGAGCGGUGCGGGGGCGGUGGGGGUGGCGAAGAGAGUGCAUUUUAACGAGGCUAUGCUGGAGGUGCAUCAACGCAUGCAUAGGCAUUGGCAGGGGAGGGAGCAGGUGAAGCAGAGGAGGUGUGAGAGAGAGAGGGGGAACCAGGAGCAGCAGGGAGCGGCGGUGCUGUGCUUCGAUGAGGUGCAGGUGCUGGACGUGUUCACAGCGGUGGCCCUGGGCCGCCUGCUGCAGCGCGUGCUGGAGCGGGGCGUGGUGGUGGUGGCCACCAGCAACAAGGCGCCCAGCGAGCUCAACCAGGACGGCUUGCAGCGCGAGCUCUUCCAGUCCUUCGUGAGCACCAUGGAGGGCACCUGCCGGGUUCUCAGUCUCUCGUCCCCCACGGACUACCGCUGCCUGCACUCCGCGCCCCCUCCCCCUGUCCACGACCUCCCAAGGCCACCAACAGCACCGACCCGCACCUCCAAUACCCAUACUCCAUCGAUCUCCUCCCUGUCACCAUCACAACCACCUCUCUCCUUGUCUCAAUCCCCUCACUCUCCCCCUCCUCCCGCUCCUCCUCCUCCUCCUUCCUCCAGCACCUCUUCCCCUCCCUCCCAUCCUCCUUACUCAACGCCCCUAGUUCCCACCUUCCCUGGUUACUCAUACUUCUGGCCGCUUGGACCGCAAUCAGAGGGUCUUCUAGAGGACAGGUGGCGCGAUGCGGUUGGACGAGAGCUGCUGUUGAGGGGAGAGAGGAGGGAGAGAGGAGGCAGGCGGCGGCUGGAAGUCAAAGGAGCGGUGGGGAGCAAGGGCACGGAGAGUGGAGGAAUGGAAGAGAUUCCCGUCAUGUUUGGACGGUCUUUGCAUGUUCCCGUGUCUGUGCAUGGGCUGGCCCACUUCUCCUUCUCGCAGCUGUGCGCCACCACGCUGGGUCCGCCAUACUACCUCGCCCUGGCUCUGCGCUACCACACGCUCUUCCUCUCCGGCAUCCCCGUGCUCUCCCGCUCGGUCCACGACCAGGCGCGACGCUUCCUCACGCUCACAGACGAGCUCUACAACCACCGCUGCCUGCUCAUCUGCACUGCUGCCGCCGACCCUCACAGGCUGUUCGAGGGGCUGCCAGAUAGGCCAGGGUUCGAGUCGGAGGUGGGCGGCAGUCGCCUGAGGAGGGACGUGCUAGCGGCGGGGGGUGGCUCCGCCCUCACCACCUCCUCCACUCUCCCCGUACGCCAGCUGUCGGGCCGCGAGGAGGAAUUCGCUUUCCACCGAGCGGUCUCACGUCUGUUGGAGAUGCAAUCUGAUCGAUAUUACAGGCUGCACUGUCAAGUGCGCAGAGUACAUCUAUAAGUAAACUAUUGGCAUACCGUAUGAUUUGUUG